GGUGAGGAGGGCUUCCUGCCCAUAACUCACUUCCCUUUUGGGGGAUUUGCUUCCUCUUCUACGGCUAGCUAAGAAGGAAGAGAAUCUCUGCCCCUUCCCAGAACCACUGUCAUCUCUAGUCUCAGGGAUAUGGGGAAAGGUGUGGCCCUCAAAAGCUGAAAGGGGCCUUGAUACGCAAACUCUGCCAUUGUUGGGGCAGUGGCCAGGGCCGGUCAGCCCCCCACUAAUUCUUUAUGUCUCAUAAUCCACUGCUGGCCUCCUCUACCUGCUCUCAGCCAUGGCCAGUGAAAACUCUCCUUUGCUGGCCUACCGGCUCCUGGGGGAGGAGGGGGUUGCCUUCCCUGCCAAUGGGGCUGGAGGACUUGGAGGUGAAUCUGCCCGGAAGCUCUCCACCUUCCUGGGUGUGGUGGUGCCCACGGUCCUGUCCAUGUUCAGUAUAGUUGUCUUCCUGAGGAUUGGGUUCGUGGUGGGCCAUGCUGGGCUGCUGCAGGCUUUGGCCAUGCUCCUGGUUGCCUACUUCAUCCUGGCGCUCACUGUCCUCUCUGUCUGUGCCAUUGCCACCAACGGAGCUGUUCGGGGCGGUGGAGCCUACUGUAUCCUCCAAUGUCACCUCCUCCCUGGGAACAAUCCUUCCUCAGCUGGCUACGCAAAGGACUACACCACAGGGGCCAUGAUGACCUUUGCCAGCGUUUUUGCCGUCCUUUUUAAUGGCUGCACAGGCAUCAUGGCUGGCGCCAACAUGUCUGGGGAGCUGAAGGACCCCAGCCGGGCGAUUCCUCUGGGCACCAUUGUAGCUGUCGCCUACACCUUUUUCAUCUACAUCCUGCUUUUCUUCCUCUCCAGCUUUACCUGUGACAGGAUCCUGCUGCAGGAGGAUUAUGGGUUCUUUCGUGCCAUCAGCCUGUGGCCCCCACUGGUGUUGAUUGGCAUCUAUGCCACAUCAAUCUCAGCCUCCAUGAGCUCCCUUAUUGGUGCCUCCCGCAUCCUCCACGCCCUGGCCCAGGACGACCUCUUUGGAAUGAUCUUGGCACCAGCCAAGGUGGUAUCCCAAGGGGGGAACCCCUGGGGGGCUGUGCUCUAUUCAUGGGGCCUAGUACAGCUGGUGCUCCUAGUUGGGAAGCUGAACACACUGGCUGCUGUGGUUACUGUCUUCUACUUGGUGGCCUAUGCUGCAGUGGACCUGUCCUGCCUGAGCCUGGAGUGGGCCUCGGCCCCCAACUUCCGCCCCACCUUCAGCCUGUUCUCCUGGCACACCUGCUUGCUGGGGGUGGCCUCCUGCCUGCUCAUGAUGUUUCUCAUCAGCCCUGGGGCUGCAGGCGGCUCCCUGCUGCUCAUGGGCCUGCUUUGUGGCCUGCUCACAGCUCGAGGCGGCCCCAGCAGCUGGGGCUACGUCAGCCAGGCCUUGCUUUUUCACCAGGUCCGUAAAUACCUGCUUCGACUGGACGUGCGGAAGGAUCAUGUGAAAUUCUGGAGACCCCAGCUGCUGCUCCUGGUGGGGAACCCCCGGGGCGCCCUGCCUCUGCUUCGGUUGGCCAACCAGCUCAAGAAGGGAGGCCUCUAUGUGCUGGGCCACGUCACGCUGGGAGACCUUGACUGCCUGCCCUCGGACCCUGUGCAGCCACAGUAUGGGGCGUGGCUGAGCCUUGUGGACCGGGCCCAAGUGAAAGCCUUUGUGGACCUCACCCUCUCACCCUCUGUGCGCCAGGGGGCUCAGCAUCUGCUGCGGAUCUCAGGCCUUGGUGGCAUGAAGCCCAACACGUUGGUCCUGGGUUUCUACGAUGAUGCUGUACCCCAGGAUCACUUCCUGACAGACCCGGCUUUUUCUGAGCCUGCUAAUGGUACCCAGGAGGGCGGGUCCCCAGCCCUGAGUACCCUGUUCCCUCCACCCCGGGCUCCUGGGAGCCCCCGAGCUCUAAGUCCUCAGGACUACGUGGCCACAGUGGUAGACGCCCUCAAGAUGAACAAGAACGUGGUUCUGGCAAGAGCCUGUGGGGCCCUGCCCCCUGAGCGUCUGAGCCGGGGGUCCGGCAGUACCUCUCAGCAGCAUCAUGUGGAUGUGUGGCCCCUCAACCUGCUGCGGCCUCGGGGUGGCCCUGGCUACGUGGACGUCUGUGGCCUCUUCCUGCUGCAGAUGGCAACCAUCUUGGGCAUGGUACCUGCUUGGCACAGUGCCCGGCUCCGGAUCUUCCUGUGCCUUGGGCCUCAAGAGGCCCCUGGGGCUGCUGAGGGGCGUCUCCGGGCCCUGCUGAGCCAGCUGAGGAUCCGGGCUGAGGUGCAGGAGGUGGUGUGGGGUGACGGGGCUGGGUCCGGACAGCCCGAGGAGGAGGAGGAAGGGGACUUUGUGAACAGCAGGCGGGGAGACUCCGAGGCAGAGGCCCUGGCCUGCAGCGCCAAUUGCCUGGUUCGGGCCCAGCAAGGGCGCGGCAGAGGAGGGCCCGGUGGGCCUGAGGGUGGGGAUGGUGAGGAGGGGCCCACCACCGCUCUCACCUUCCUGUACUUGCCACGGCCACCUGCUGAUCCUGCCCGAUACCCCCACUACCUGGCACUGCUGGAGAUUCUGAGCCGGGAUCUGGGCCCCACGCUGCUCAUUCAUGGUGUCACCCCUGUCACUUGCACUGAUCUCUGAUGCCUUGUUGCUGAAGUAGAGCGUCCCGGCUGGCAGCCCACCUUCAUAGCAGAUGAGGAGGGAAGGGCUGCCUCCUGCCUGCCCUGAACAUGGGACACAUGGCCAGGGGGAGGUAUUAGGGGGUCCUGGGCUAGGGCGGCUCUAGAUCUCUAGGAGCGGGGCCCUGAUGCACUAAUUAAUGCAGGGCGGCCCUCCCUGCCCAGCCAGAGGAGGGAGUCAGCUCUGCCCCCUCCUUCCCCUCACCGGUGCCUUGAUGGGGGCUAGGUCUCUGCUUGAGACUCUAGGCUACCUCAGUCUCCCCCUCACCCGACAGACUCACUGACCCCGAGGUUGUGAUGUUUUUGUUCUGUUUUAUUUUUCUAACUGCUGAACCGAAUAAAAGACCUAAACACUA